CAGCAAAUAGAAUGGUUGCAUACACUUUGUGACAUCGUGAUUAGAAAUGUAUAGAAAAAAAACUCUUUUGUAGAAGGAGUCUGUCCUGUGUAGGGCGUACUUGUACAGUCUGACUUGUCGUGCGUGUAAGUGAGCCAAGGCUAUCUUGUUCUAUGGAGGGCGCUUCCCCGCAAAACAACGACAUGCCAUCUCUCUCUUUACAUCCAAGUCCAAUUCAUUUAUUCUGUCAUCUAUAAUUGAAAUAUAUUCCAUCACGGAAUUAAAAGAAACAACCAUGUCUCCCCCAGCAGCUACAGCGACCACCACUGUUGCGCCAUCCAUCGUAGCAGCUGUGCCCGUCAAGACUGCCGUCGACCAGCAGCAACUGCAGCAUCUUGAUGAGAGUGACCAUCUCCAUGAACUGAGCUUUGGCCCUAAUGCGCUUUCCGGUUCGUUGUGACCUACUUACCAUUUUCAUGCUCUGUUCUUGUUGGUUAACGCACAGUUGAAAGGAAUCCCCCGCUUCGUCUCGUUCCAUGAGCACAGGAAACACGUUGUCACCCACAUGGCCGCCACCUUUCGCAACUGGGCUCGCUGCGGCUUCACAGAAGGUAUAUCUGGGCACAUUAGCGUGCUAGACCCCGAGUUUCCGCAGCUCAUGUGGAUGAAUCCGAUUGGCAAGCACUUUGCGCUGCUGAAUGGCAGCGACAUGCUGUGUCUGCGCAUCGCGGAUGGCCAGUUUGUUGGCGGCAGUAAGACACGCCCCGUCAACCGCGCAGGAUACUACAUCCACUCCGAAAUCCACAAGGCUCGCCCCGACGCCCACGCCAUCUGCCACGCCCACACAAUCGCCGGCCGCGCAUGGUGCGCAUUCGGGCGUCCGCUAGAGAUGCUAACCCAGGAUAUCUGCGACUUGUACGGCGUUAUCGGCUGUGAUAGCGAGUACACGGGGCUAGUUACGGCGAGCGAGGAGGGCAGGCGGAUCGCGGCGGUGCUUGGACCGCGGGGGAAAGCGGCGCUGUUGCUGAAUCAUGGGGUUGUGACGAUUGGUGCGACGGUGGAUGAGGCUGGGUUCUUGUUUGGGCUGGUGGAUAGGAGCUGUGAGGUGCAGUUGAAGGUUGAGGCGGCGGGGUUGGCGAAGAGGGUGAUUCCGGAGGAGAUGGCGCGGCGCAACUUUGAGGUGGCGAGUGGGAGGGAUUGGUUGUAUGAGGAGGCGCAGCCGGAUGUGCAGUAUGAGAUUGUGAUGGCGGGGAGGAGAUUUCAGCGGGUUUGGAGGAGUUGAGUGUAUGUGUGGAUGCUGUGUAAGUGUGGAUGAGAUGGGACGGGAGGUUGGCUUUGUUGGGGUGGAGGGAGGCUGGGAUAUCUCUGGAGCGAUGGGUAGAAUCAAGAGAUUUAAUCUACAUUUUUAUCUGGUUGUUUUGGAGUGUGAAUGGUGUGUGUACCGCUACCUGAUAAUGGAGUUUAGAAUCCAAUAUAAGUGAAGCUUGGCGGAAAUGGAGCUAUUCGUUUGCAGCCUCUGAUGGAUGGAGU